GGCGUCACUAACAACAGUCAUCAAGGCGCGGAAACGUGAGCGCAGGCGACGUUUAGAGGCAAGAAUUUGCGCAGCAAUGUAACAUUGUACGUCAUAAAUUCUUCUAUACAGUUAGACCGUGUCUGGACUGGACGUGUGCGACAAAACAUGCAGGUAUAUACAGAAGAAACGGACGUUACGGAUGUCCGCAUGAUACGCAGUGUUUUGGACUUGUUUGACACCCGUCCUCACAUGCAAAGAAUUAUUAGAUGUGGCCUUAUGGACUUUGAUUAUGAUGAAAAUAUAGAUAUUGAUGAUUAUGACGACUGGACGGGCAGUCAAAGCAGUUUUCAUGGGUUCUCAAAUAGUGGUAGAGUUGUAGGGGGGAGCCAUACAGGGAGACCCGGCUUUGUUUAUCUUCCCGCUCUGCAUUAUGCUGCUUCUAGCCGAAGCCCUUCCUGUCCACCCGCUGUGAAAGUUCAGGCAAAGGAGAGCGAUACUGAAAGGAAAGCCAGACUACUACAAGAGGCUAAAAGAAACAAAGAAAAGGCUGAGAAGAAGCGACUUAAGAAACAGAAACGAAAGCUGAGAAAACAAAUGGAGAAGGAGAAACAAAAUCCCACCAAAGAAGAUGAGAAUAAAGACGAAGGGGGACGCUCAAAGUCGGAGGAGGACAAAUGCGUUCAAGAAGAAUCAAAGGAAGAGGCCACCUCCCGCGAUAAACAGGCUGCAGCUAGAGAUACAGAUAGUGACAGCGACAACACCGAACAUGAAUCUAGUGAUGAAGAUGGCGACUCUAAAGUCGACUCAGAGGAACUGGAUAUGACGAGUAGCUUUGUGAGCAAAGCCGCUCUGAUAGCGAAACGCCAAUUGGAGCAGAAUCCAAGAGCCGAGAAGAAGAAGAAUCCCGACAAAGAAAGGCCUAAAAACGCUGCAGCUGAGGAGCUCAAGGACUGUAGCUCCAGCUUGGAGGACAACGUUAAAAUAAGCACCGAGUUUGCAAUUUUAGGAAAUAAGUUUGCCAAUGGCGGAGACUAUAAUAUGGCGGUGAAGUAUUUUACACAUGCAAUCAAGUUCAACCCUAAAGAGUUCAAGCUCUUCGGCAAUCGGUCGUUCUGUUAUGAGAAGCUGCUAGAAUACGACAAAGCUCUGACCGACGCCGAGAUCUCCCUUGACAUCAGCCCGGACUGGGUUAAAGGCCUGUAUAGGAAAGGCCGAGCUUUGGCAGGACUUAAGAGGUAUGAAGAAGCUGCUCAGGCCUUCAAGGAGGUUCUCAAACUGGAAAGCUCGUAUGCUGAAGCUGCCCAGGAGCUUUUGCGGAUGCAGAUGAUACAACUAAUGCAAUAUGGUUUUACUCGGGAGCAGAGCUCGAACGCUUUAAUUAUUCACGGGACGGUCCACAAAGCCUUAGAGGCCCUGUCCAAACUCACCUGUAAUCCAGAAGCUAUUCGGAACGGGACCCCCCCACCAGCUCAAGUAGCAAACGUCAACGGAGUUUCUCCCAUCCUGUCGGCCAAUAGAAUUCACUCGCCUCGCGCUGCGUCUCCAAAGGCCAAAGAGCCGCUUUUAAAAACCAACCAUGACGCACCGCCUUCCCAGAAUCAAUCAACUCCACCAAUGAAGGAUGAGGAACGACGGCAACAACCCCCACUGGAACUGUUUCCGGUCUGGGUUGGAAACCUGGUUUACCCGGUAACCGAGGCCGAGAUCACCAACGUGUUUAACAAGGCUGGACCCGUACAUAGUGUGAAGAUUCUGCAGUUCAAACGCUGUGCCUUUGUCAACUUUCCAAAGCAAGAGCAUUGUAAAGAAGCAAUCCAACGCUUGCAUGGUUUUAUGCUGAAUGGCAUGAAGAUAGCGGUCAGAUACCCAGACAGGAUCCCUGCAGGAAUGGGUAUUUCCAAAUCUGCACUAAAGGCUAAAGAUCUGCAGGAGGAGAACCCCAGGCAAGGGAGGUUUCCUGCUGUGGACGGGAAGCCUUUCCGUCCUUUCAGACCUCCGGACCGCCGCGGCGCCACCUAAAGGGAAGAAACGACGGCUUCAAGCAGCUGAGCGCUCUGUCGAAGAAACCCUCCUGUGCCAUUUAGGAUGUGCUUUCACGCCUUUUCUUUCGGAAGUGUUACCAAAAUGAUUGUUCAGCUGCAUAAAUGUCUUCACGGAAAGGUAGACAUUAUCAGUAUCGACCAAAACGUAUCCUAUAUUUGCGAGGAAUUAUCAAUAAGCUUGACAAAAUGUGCACAAAAGCCAGAAGUUUUUCUUUUUUUCUUUUUUUUUUUUACAAAUACUCGUAUUGUUUAAUUCAUGAAGCCGCCCCAGUGUUGUAUUUUUGGAGGAAAUGUCCAAUAGUAAUAAACAAUAAUAAUUCUAAAUUGCUUAUAGAAAUGCUCCCCCUGCAGGCUGAACAGAGAAGUACAACAGUUAUGUUCUUGAUUAUAUUAAUAGAACCUGAAUGUGGCCUGUAACUCUUACAUUGUGUUUUUAUUCAUUCAAAGUUUUUGACUUAAUGUUUUAAUAGGUUUUUCAAAAUAAAAAAAGUGGCCGUUUAUUUGCUUGUUCAUCCUCAGCUGCUUUCUGACUUCUUCUCCAGAGCUUAAUCGUGAGGAUGUCGCUCAUGAACCCUUAAUAUGAGAAGAAACUUACUCUGUGACCGUUUCUGCUGCAUCUUCAUAAUAAACUUCAUAUUGUCCAUUUAAA